UUACGGUAAAGUGGGCGGGGCUUGGGUUCAACCCGGACGUUUACUAGUGUGCGGUGUGUUUACACAUGUUUUCAUGAUCUCACGUGUUGUACUAAGUUGUUGUUAUAAUAUAUUAUUAUCAUGUCCUCGAAGAAAAGUAAGAACAAACCCAAGCGGAGCAGCGAGGGGGACAGCUCCAACGACUCGUUUAUUCUCCAGAACCCGAGAGACGUCCACUCCUUCUCAGUGCAGGACUUCAUUGAUAAAGCAGACGACAGGACCCCCAGCAGGGCCAGGUGGGCUCUGGCUCAGGUGAGUCUGGGGUCCAUGAAGGCGACCGGCCUCUGCAUCGGCCGGCCGGCUCUGCUGACCACCGCCGCCGGACGCCAGGAGGUGUGUCUGGCCUGGCCUGUGGCCUCCUUCCCAGCUGCCAGGGUCGGCCUCCAGCGCAAUAUCCAGACCAGCCUGGGAGUGAAGCCUGGAGAUGGAUUAACGAUCUACCCAGUGACGGGGCCCCUGCUGCAGGCUCAGGAGGUGGUGCUGUCCCCCCGGCAGAAAGAUGAAACACUUGAAACAGAAGAGUUUAAGAACUAUUUUCUGCAGUCUUUGGAGGGCCGGGUGCUGCUCCCGGGCUCCCAGCUGUCCCUGACGUACUACGGCCGCGCCUGCAGCCUGCGCGUGGAGGAGGUGCGAGGGGAGGACGGAGCGCUGCUGCGGGGGCCCGCCGCCGCGGCCCCUGGGCCCGACGCUGAGGACGGGGCCCCCGCGGACCCCUCGCUCCUGGGCUGCCCCUCCUCGGACCUCUCCCUGCAGCUCAGCCUGCUCACCGUGGAGGAGCAGCAGGAGGAGGCGCGCCCCCCCGUGGUCAGCACCCCGCUGCGACACACCGCCCUCCCCCGCGACCCUCUGUCACCUGUCAGUCAUCCUCCAAGACCCGCCCUCCUCCUCUCCCCCGGCGACCCCUCGACCCCCCUCCUCUCCCCCUUCACCCCCUCCCCCCGGCUCCCCUCCUCUGGGGGGGAGGGGUGCGAGACCCCCCCGGGUCCAGGGUUCCCCCAGAGCCCCCUGCAGGCGGGCACCCCCCCUCUGGCGCCCCCUGGUGGCGUGCAGAGCUCCGACGCCUUCUACCGCGUCUCCGGCGACACCGCCAUCGUCUUCAGGGACAGGAAGCAGCGAGGCGCGGCGGGGGAGGGGCCGGAAGCGGGGCAGGAAGCCCCCCAGGCCAACAAGGUCACCUACAGUAUGAUUGGCGGGCUGAGCAGCCAACUGGAGGCGAUCCGGGAGACCAUCGAGCUGCCACUCACACGGCCCGAGCUGUUCUCAAACUACGGUAUCCCGCCCCCAAGAGGAGUCCUCCUGUACGGGCCUCCGGGCACUGGGAAGACUAUGAUUGGACGAGCCAUAGCCAAUGAGAUCGGAGCCCACAUGACCGUCAUCAAUGGCCCGGAGAUCAUCAGCAAGUUCUACGGGGAGACAGAGGAGCGGCUCAGACAGAUCUUCACCGAGGCGUCUCAGAGGAAGCCAGCGAUCAUCUUCAUCGACGAGCUGGACGCUCUGUGCCCCAAGAGAGACGGAGCCCAGAGCGAGGUGGAGAAGAGGGUGGUGGCCUCCCUGCUGACCCUCAUGGACGGCAUCGGAUCAGAAGCUCACUCUGGACAGGUGCUGGUCCUGGGAGCCACCAACCGGCCCCACGCCCUGGACCCCGCCCUGAGGCGGCCCGGGCGAUUUGAUAGGGAGCUGGAGGUGGGGGUCCCCAGCGCCGCCGACCGCCUCGACAUCCUCCGGAAGCUUCUGACCGCUGUCCCCCAUGAGGUCGACGCCCACGACCUCGCCCGGGUCUCUGACUCCGCCCACGGAUACGUCGGAGCCGACCUAUCGGCCGUCUGCAAGGAGGCAGGCGAGUUCCCCGUACAUCACCACAUGAAAACAUAAUCAAGAUGUUUAGUAACUGGUACAUACCGGUUCUGAAUUCACAACACAAUGUUAAUAAACCACUAAAAACUAGUUCUGAAUACACAAUACAAUGUUUAUUAAUCUGUACAAACCAGUUCUGAAUCCAAAAUACGAUGUUAAUAAACCAGUAAAAACUAGUUCUGAAUACACAAUGUGAUGUUUAUCAACCGCUACAAUUCAGUUCUGAAUACACAAUACGAUGCU